AAGUCCAGCACCUCCUCCCACCUCCCUCACCGUCCCCGAGCUGCGAGCGCGAAAAAAAAAGCGAGAGCACCACGUACCUCGCCGCCGUCGUCUCCGCCUCUCCCCUCGCCACGUCGCUGCCGAGCUGCCGGGUACACCGCCAGGCGCAGCCAGAUCCGCGCGGUCCGAACCCGGGAGCGCGCCGCCGUGCGUUUCGGAUCCGCGUAAGGCGCGCCGCCGGAUCCGCCGCGCCGACAGGGAGGGCGCUGCCGACGUCCAGCUCGGCAUUGGUUUGGCUCGAUCCGGAGGCGCGGCGACUGUGGGUGGGAGUAAUCUGUAUUUGUGGAGCUUUGCUUGGUGCUGAAAAUUGUGCAAACAUGAGAUGGCUUCAGCAUAUAGCGUGCUGGAAGUGGGCACCGUGCAACUGAGCCCAUCCUUCUUGUAGCCAGAUUCCUUAUUCCAAUGAUGCAGUGGUUGGUAGGUUGCAGUAGAUGACUACCGGUGAUCCCUUGCUCCUGUCAUCAUCGGGAAGUGCAGAUUCACCUUCAAAGCCAGCUCGGCCUUCGGUAGGCUCAUUAGGCUGCCUCUGCGCAACUGAUUCAUUCUCUUCUUCACUGUACGAGGAUUGUGAAACGGCUUCUGUCACACUCACGGAUGAAAGGGAGGCUCAACCAAGACAUUUACGCGAGUUGUCUGAUGUGAGCAGGGUGGCAGAGCGCUUCCAGUCUGCUGAUUCACAAUUCUUCCAUCGUCUCUCAGUGGAAUGCUCUCAGAAGGAGAGGCAGCGGAAGGUUUCUUGGGGUGGCGCAAUGGAGAGGCAGCAUUCUCCAUCAUCCCUAGAGAUUGGAAUGGUAUCUUCUUCACAUGAGAAGCCAAAUCGCUCCCAGAGAAUCAGGAACAAGAGCUCACAGUUUGAAGAUCCAUCCGAGCAAGAGCCAAGAAAAAUAUACAUUAAUGAUCCUAACAAGACAAAUGAUCGAUAUGAAUUUACAGGGAAUGAGAUCAGGACAAGCAAGUACACUUUGAUUACGUUCUUGCCUAAGAACCUCUUCAUACAGUUUCAUCGGUUGGCAUAUGUAUACUUCCUGGUUAUAGCUGCUCUUAACCAGCUCCCUCCUUUAGCUGUAUUUGGAAGAACUGCUUCUCUUUUCCCACUACUCUUUGUGUUGUUUGUGACUGCUAUAAAAGAUGGAUAUGAAGACUGGCGGCGUCACAGAUCUGACAGAAAUGAAAAUAACCGAGAGGCACUAGUACUUCAACAUGGUGAUUUUCGGUCGAAAAAGUGGAAAAACAUUUGUGCAGGGGAGGUUGUCAAAAUUCAUGCCAAUGAGACCAUGCCGUGUGACAUGGUUCUUUUGGGUACGAGCGAUCCAAAUGGUAUAGCUUAUAUCCAAACCAUGAAUUUAGAUGGUGAGUCAAACCUAAAAACAAGGUAUGCUCGCCAGGAAACUACUUCCAUGAUAUAUGAUGACACAUAUUCAGGCUUGAUCGAAUGUGAGCUGCCCAACAGAAAUAUCUACGAAUUUACAGCUACCAUGAAGUUGGACAGUCAGAGGGUUCCGCUUGGACAAUCGAACAUUGUACUACGUGGAUGCCAGCUUAAAAACACUGAAUGGGUUAUUGGGGUUGUUGUUUAUGCCGGUCAGGAGACAAAAGCUAUGUUGAACAGCACGAUAUCUCCUUCAAAGAGCAGCAACCUAGAGAGUUAUAUGAACAGGGAAACCCUUUGGUUAUCAGCCUUCCUCUUGAUCACAUGCUCAGUUGUGGCUACUGGGAUGGGGGUUUGGCUGUUUAAAAAUUCUAAAAACCUGGAUGCCCUGCCAUACUACAGAAGAAAGUACUUCACCUUUGGGCGUGAAAAUCGAAAAGAUUUCAAGUUUUAUGGCAUUGCUUUAGAGAUAUUUUUCUCCUUCCUCAGUUCUGUGAUAAUCUUUCAGAUAAUGAUACCAAUAUCUCUGUACAUCACAAUGGAGCUAGUCAGGGUGGGGCAAUCAUACUUCAUGAUUGGAGAUACACGAAUGUAUGACAGUAAUUCAGGUUCAAGAUUUCAGUGUCGAUCCUUGAAUAUCAACGAGGACCUAGGACAAAUCAGAUACAUAUUUUCUGACAAAACAGGCACUUUGACACAAAACAAGAUGGAGUUUCAGCAAGCUAGCAUCUACGGGAAGAACUAUGGCAGUUCCUUGCAAGUCACCAGUGACUUUUCACAUGAAAUAAGCACUGCAGAGUCAUUGAGACAAAGUGUCAGGAAGCCUAAAGUCAAUGUUGAUCUGGCACUCACGGAACUUCUGAAUCAACCAUUAAUUGGGGAGGAAAGACUUUCUGCUCAUGAUUUUUUCCUUACUCUGGCUGCCUGCAACACAGUAAUUCCAGUGAACACAGAGGGUUCUCACGAUUUGACAAAUGAAGUGGAUGAGAUAGGUGCAAUUGAUUACCAGGGUGAAUCACCUGAUGAGCAGGCUUUAGUAAUUGCAGCGUCUGCUUAUGGGUAUACCCUUGUUGAAAGAACAACUGGACACAUUGUUAUAGAUGUUCUAGGCGAGAGGUUAAGGUUGGAUGUUCUUGGUCUCCAUGAAUUCGAUAGUGUGAGAAAAAGAAUGUCUGUUAUUGUAAGGUUUCCGGACAACAAUGUGAAGGUUCUUGUGAAAGGUGCUGACACAUCAAUGUUAAACAUUUUGAAAGUAGAAAUUGAUGAUGAACUUUAUGAUUCGUUGCAUGUUAAAAUUAGAGAAGCUACAGAAAAUCAUUUGUCAGCCUAUUCAUCAGAGGGUUUACGGACCUUAGUCAUUGGUUCAAAAAAUCUGACAGAUGCAGAAUUUAGUGAAUGGCAGGAAAUGUACGAAGAAGCUAGUACCUCCAUGCAUGAGAGAUCAGCAAAGCUCCGUCAAGCAGCAGGUCUGGUAGAAUGCAAUCUAACCCUUCUUGGUGCAACUGGAAUUGAAGAUAAAUUGCAGGAUGGUGUUCCUGAGGCCAUUGACUCUCUGAGACAGGCUGGAAUCAAGGUGUGGGUUCUCACAGGAGAUAAGCAAGAAACUGCUAUAUCUAUUGGUUUGUCAUGUCGAUUGUUGACUCAAACCAUGCAUUUGAUCAUCAUAAAUGGUUCCUCUGAGGUUGAGUGCAGGCGUCUUCUAGCUGAGGCUAAAGCCAAAUUUGGAAUAAAGUCAGCUGAUUUUGGGCGGGAUUUGCAAGGUACAGAAGACAUGUACCAUGGUGAUAUUUCUAAAUUGAGGCCCUCAAAUGGUCACCUGUCUGAAACUGGAGCACAAAGCCUCGAACUAACCGGUGUUAUUGGUGGUGACAAGUCAGAGUACAGUGAGAACGUGACAAAUUUUGAUGGCACUGAGUUAGCACUGAUAAUUGAUGGAAGCUCCCUUGUGUAUAUUCUAGAGAAACCUCUUGAAUCAGAGUUAUUUGACUUGGCAACAUCAUGUAAAGUCGUCAUUUGUUGCCGUGUUGCUCCUCUGCAAAAGGCUGGUAUUGUUGAUUUGAUUAAAAGCAGAACGAGUGACAUGACCCUGGCAAUUGGUGACGGGGCAAAUGAUGUUUCAAUGAUACAGAUGGCUGAUGUUGGUGUUGGCAUAUGUGGUCAAGAAGGUCGUCAGGCAGUGAUGGCUUCAGACUUUGCUAUGGGUCAAUUCCGCUUUCUGAAGAGAUUACUUCUUGUGCAUGGGCACUGGAAUUAUCAGCGGAUCGCAUACAUGAUCCUGUACAACUUCUACCGGAAUGCUGUCUUCGUUCUAAUGCUUUUCUGGUAUAUCCUAUAUACGGCUUAUUCUGCAACUCUGGCAUUAACAGAUUGGAGCAGUGUUUUCUAUUCCCUUAUAUACACAUCAGUUCCAACGGUAGUAGUUGGCAUUCUCGACAAGAACUUAAGUCAUAAUACCCUUCUUUGUUACCCGAGACUAUAUGAGGCAGGGCUUCGAAAUGAGGGCUACAACUUGACACUCUUCUGGAUCACAAUGCUCGAUACAUUGUGGCAAAGCCUUGUUCUUUUCUAUGUCCCUUUUUUCACAUACAAUAUCAGUACAAUGGACAUAUGGAGUCUGGGAAGUUUGUGGACAAUUGCUGUGGUUAUAAUUGUCAAUAUCCAUUUAGCCAUGGACAUUCAACGUUGGGUGCUUAUAACCCAUCUUGCUGUAUGGGGUUCUAUAGCUGCUACGUUUUUGUGCAUGGUGUUAAUUGACUCUAUACCAAUUUUCCCUAACUAUGGGACAAUUUACAACAUGGCUGCUUCAAGGACUUACUGGCUUAGCGUUUGUCUUAUAAUAGUCCUUGGGUUGCUUCCUCGUCUCCUUUGUAAAGUGGUAUAUCAGACCUUUUGGCCAUCUGAUAUUCAAAUAGCAAGAGAAGCUGAGCUUUUUAAAAAGCUGCCCCAACAGUUGGGUUCAAGGCCUGCAAGUGACAUCAGCUAACAACAGCUUCACACAGUUAUUUUGUCAAUUCUAAAUUUGAGGCUGUGUUGAUUCAUUUGUUGAGCUGAUUUUUGUCGAAUUUUGAUUAUACGCUGAGGACAAACUUCGGUAAGGUGUACAAAUUUGGCUCGUGGAAGAGGCUUCAGAAUGCAAUGGAGCGGCUGACAAAGGGAACUGACUACUGGUGGUGAUGAAAACGGCUUGGGUCUUCGGGGGCUAGUAAUGACAAUUGUACAGAUAUGGGACACAACGAUACAUACACUUGUAUUUUACGGUAGAGUUUGUUAGCUUGUGUUUAGGGAAUAAAAACAUAAAUAGAUACAGAUUCUUUUCGCACUGCGGUAUUUUUUUAAUCCCUGACUAUAUGUUAACCGUCUUCAUUUACUUCCAGCUGCCUGAGGGUUUAGCUGU